GGUAACUUCGAACGCACAACACUACAAGAUCAGAACUACCUCGCAGUAAAACAAAGACCAACUUACUAACUGAAUAUCAAAUCGCUAUCAAAAGGAACACAACAACGCAAAUAUGGAUAAAGAAAAUUCUCGGUUCCACCAACCGACAACGGCGUCGCGUCCUUGGAAUGCACAUCACCAGAAACAUACGCACAGCUUCGACAAACCAUCUCCUCUUUCAGGAAUAUCAGACGGAUUUUCUCCCGACGAUGAGAUGGCCCAAAGAGCACGGCAGGGAAAGAAAUGGGCUCUGAACGAUUUUGAGAUCGGAAAGCCGCUAGGUCGAGGCAAGUUUGGUUCUGUUUAUCUCGCGAGAGAAAAACAAUCGAAGUAUAUUGUUGCCAUAAAGGUACUUUACAAAUCCCAGCUUCUCAAGGCAGGCGUAGAACAUCAACUUCGACGAGAAAUUGAAAUUCAGUCACAUCUGAGACAUAGCAAUAUUCUCCGCAUGUAUGGAUACUUUUACGAUUCGAAACGGAUUUAUUUAAUUCUUGAAUACUCACCGGGUGGCGAACUUUACAAACGCCUGGUGCAAAAGGUCCACUUUUCGGAGCGAUCUUCUGCCAGAUACAUUUCCGAUUUGGCAACGGCUUUGGACUUUUGUCACACCAAGCACGUUAUACAUCGAGACAUCAAGCCCGAGAACCUUUUGCUGGGAGCUCACGGCGAGAUAAAGAUUGCAGACUUUGGCUGGUCGGUCCACGCACCAACCUCCAGAAGAAAUACUUUGUGUGGGACGUUGGAUUACCUUCCUCCGGAAAUGGUCGAAGGACGAGAGCAUGACAAAUUUGUCGAUGUCUGGAGUCUCGGUGUUUUGCUCUUUGAAUUCUUGUACGGUGGACCGCCCUUUGAAGCCGAAGGCCACUCAGCGACUUACAGAAGGAUCUCACGUGUUGAUUUAAGAUUUCCAGCCAAACCAGAAGUGUCCGAAGAUGCUAAGGAUUUGAUCCGAAAAUUCCUGGUGAAGGAUCCCCACCUGCGAAUUCCCUUGAAGGACGUUCCCAAGCAUCCUUGGGUAGUACGGAUGCUGAGAGAAACGAAAACCAGCUAUUAAAAAAAGCAAACAAUCGAGCAGCUAGCUUCAUAUGGUUAAAGCGCUCUCUUUUUCUUUCUUUUCUACAAACGGGGAACAAAAUGAAAUGAAAUGAAACCUGAACGAAUAAAUUAGUCUUCUUGCA